UAUCCAUUCAGUCAUGGUUCAUAACGCAGUUUGAUACACGAAGUACAAGAAUUUCCCACCAUUUAACGCUUGCAUAAAGAAAUCUGCUAAAAUCUGUUUGCACUUACACAAAACUAAAUGGGAUAAUACAGUUACACUUUUUUCAGCAUUCUGGAAGCGCUAACACUGAAAUUUUUAUAUUUUUAUUUGUUAAUAAAAUAAAUGGCGACUGCAUCUUCUAACGCUUUGGGUACCAUCCGUGCAGGGGAUAUUUUACCUGCUACUCUAGCUGCCAGUGCGAGCAAUAGUGACUCUGGAUCACCAGCAAUACCGAAAAAAACCGCGAGCUCCGAAACAUAUCUGGACGGAUCGAGAAGAGCCAUUUUUAGUAGAGUGGCUGCAAGACCAUUCCAACUACCAACAGUAGAAAUGCGCGGGAAAAACGGAUCCAAACAGCCAGACACAGCAGACAAGCGGUAACACAAAAGCCCACGUUGCCAAAAUUAUUACCAGAUACUUGGUUAGCAAAUGCGGUCCCCACAACAGAGAGCGCCACGUCAAAAACAUCAAAGAAAAAAUCAAGGGCUUUGAAACCAAAUGGAGAGAUACGAAUACCUGGCUGAAAGGGACAGGAAAUGGGAUUAUAAAGAUUGGGGAAGAUCGAGCAGAUCGACUUAAGCGGCAAGCGGUUAAAGACGAAGUGCUGCGGCAGUUCAAGUAUUUCUUCGAUCUGGACGCUGUUAUGUGGGAAAGAGCUGCGAACGAACCAGCGUAUGUUUCGAAUACAGGCCACAAUAUUAACAGCGGUGCCAAUGUCAUGGGCGUUUUGCGCAUGGAGGAGGGCAGCGGAGGCGAUCCCGAUGAUGAAGGUGAACACGAUGCUGGGGCGGUUGCGUUGGGCAGUGGCAGUAAUGUUGCACACAUGGACGGAGACGAAGAGUUUUUAAGCCAUCACGAUCGACGACUAAACGGGUACAGCGAUAUGGAAGUCGAGCCGCUCUCUGUUGAUCCCGGGAACAUUGUGCUUUAUAAGACUAAGAAGCCGGCUGAUAAACCAAAGAAAAAGCAGAAGACGACAGAGUUUUCUGAUACACUACUGACCAUUGAAGAGAAAAAAGACCGCCGUUUCGAAGAAGAACUGAAACUUGCCAAACUGCGGGAAGACCGGAUGGAGAAAAUGCAAAAACGACAGCUCGGCUUCCAGGAAAAACAGCUGAACAUGCAGGCCGAUGAAUUAAAUAUUCGGCGUAUGGAGGCUGAGAAUCGCCGACUCGGGCUUCAGUUACGACUACGCAGUAACGGAAAUGCGGUAAAUGACCAGUUAUUUUGAGUGUUUUAAUUUCAACAAUCACCAUCCAAUUUGAACUUCAGUUAUUGCCACUGCCAUCUGUACAUUCGUUUUUUAUUCUCUAAUACUUGUUAACACGUACUGCAUAAUACGCUCGCGCUUCCUUUGUCCGUCUUCGUUGUGGCGUACGUGACCGUUGUUCUCUUCGUCAUCGUUGUCAUUAUCGAUUGCCUCCCAGUCGGGAUCAAAUGCAUCAG